CGUCACACAGCGCCGCUGGUUGGCUGGCCGAGAACUGACUCUGUGCGCGUGAAGCGGGUUCUGUGAAUCUAGCUCGCUCGCGCGCUGCGCUCAUAACGCCUUAAUAAACAGCUGUUGAAUCACGCGCGGACAACGGGAUUGAAGAAGAAGCGAGAGAUCAAAAUUGUGACAUGGUUUGGUUAAUGUUGCUAUGAUGGAUUUGACUAAAAUGGGUGUGAUCCAUCUCCAAAACCCUGGGCACCCCACAACUCUCCUGCAGAAGGCUAACCAGAUGCGUUUGUCAGGGACGUUGUGCGAUGUGGUGAUUAUGGUGGACAGCCAGGAGUUCCAUGCCCAUAGAACCGUGCUGGCCUGCGUCAGCAAGAUGUUUGAGAUCCUGUUCCAUCGAAAUAGCCAACAUUACACUCUGGAUUUCCUCUCACCAAAGACCUUCCAGCAAAUCCUGGAAUAUGCCUACACUGCCACACUCCAGGCUAAACUUGAAGAUUUAGAUGACUUGCUAUAUGCUGCAGAGAUUCUGGAAAUCGAAUACUUAGAGGAGCAGUGUCUGAAGAUCUUGGAGACCAUUCAGUCUUCAGAAGAGAAUGACAUGGACAUAAACAUGAAUGAGAAUGGCACAGUGGAUGAUGAUGAGGGUCGGAUGAAGUAUUUAAAGAGCACUUUGAUCUCCAAAAAACAUUCCAUACAGGAGGGCAACUACAGUUCUGCUGGCCGCCAUCGACUGGCCCUGGGCAACAUGGUUGACAAGAAGCCUUUAGUGUCAGCGCCAUUGGGCCUUAGUACCAUUAGCCCCACAAGGGCUGCUGUAGAGAGUCUGAUGAGCAUUGGCCAGUCUCUCCUGGCAGGGACUGUGCAACAAGGCUUCACUUUUCCCCAAGAAAACUCUUCCCCAUUGCUAGAAAAGAUUAAGACUGAAAUGAUGCAAGUGGAUGAGGAGAAUACCCAUGAGGGUAGCUCUUCCAGAAAUGGAGAUGGGGUCAGCGAGUCUAAGCAACAUAGAGGCACUCCGGGAACCCCCACCAGAGGCACCGUCAUCACUAGUGCUCGGGAACUCCAUUCCACUGAUGGUGUUCCUGAAUCACAUGGAGAUGCCAGCCAAGUGGGACCAGCACACAUUGCCAGUCUGGCUGAGAGACAUCUUGCAGCAUUGUACAACCAAAAGAAUGAGAGUAUGCUGCCCAUAUCUGUAUCUAUGGCUUCAUCGUUGCACAUGCCACCCACCCUUGCUAUGUCUGCAGACUUUGGCACCUAUGGUGGGCUUUUCCACCAGAGCUUCAUUCAGCGGGAGUUCUUCAGUAAACUGAGCAAUUGCACAACAGAUUCAAAGCAUGAGGGCCAGAGGGAACGCUGCAGUGUGUGUGAUAUGGAGCUGCUGGACAGUGAGACUGCAGAGCAACACAGGAAACUGCAUAGUGAUAUGAAAACCUUUGGCUGUGAGUUCUGUGGAAAACACUUUUUGGAUAGCUUACGGCUGAGGAUGCACAUGCUGUCACACUCAGAUGGACCAAAAGCACUGGUGUGUGAUCAGUGUGGAGCUCAAUUCUCUAAAGAGGAUGACUUGGAGUCCCAUCGGCACAGACACACAGGCUCAGACAUGGCUGUCUUUUGUCUGCUGUGUGGGAAACGCUUCCAAACUCAGAAGGCACUGCAGGGUCACAUGGAGGUCCAUGCUGGUGUGCGCAGUUACAUCUGCAGCGAGUGCGAUCGAACUUUCCCCAGCCACACGGCUCUCAAACGCCACCUUCGCUCCCACACAGGUGACCACCCGUACGAGUGCGAGUUCUGCGGUAGCUGCUUUCGGGAUGAGAGCACGCUGAAGGGCCACAAGCGCAUCCACACCGGAGAAAAACCCUACGAAUGCAACAGCUGUGGCAAAAAGUUCAGUCUCAAACAUCAGCUGGAGACACACUACCGCGUACACACAGGUGAGAAGCCCUUUGAGUGUAAGCUGUGCCACCAGCGCUCACGAGACUACUCAGCCAUGAUCAAACACCUACGCACUCACAACGGAGCUUCGCCCUACCAGUGUACCAUCUGCCAGGAGUAUUGCCCCAGCCUCUCGGCCAUGCAGAAACACAUGAAAAACCACAAGCCUGAGGAUGUUCCCCCAGACUGGAGGAUUGAGAAGACCUAUCUGUACCUAUGCUAUGUGUAAGACAGCUGAAGAAAGGAACGAAGAAAGAAGAAACCGGUGGCUCAUUCAUUCAUUUUGCUCGAAGCUGGGCCAAAGAUAGAGAAGGAAAGUGAUCAAAUCUGUUGUGUAAUUUUUAUUUUUAUUUUAUUUUUUUUUAAAUGCCAUUUCAUAUGCACAUGUCCAAAUUCAUCUCUAGGGACAUUACACUGUUCUUGUUUUAGUAAAAGGAACAUAUUGUUAAAGUGACUUUAAAAAAAACAAAACAUUUAAUUAAUAUGAUAUGUUAUAUAAGAAUAUUCUAGCACUAGCACACGUCUCACUAACAAGAUCCGAGCUCGUCCACAUGUAACACAGAUAAGUGAUAACAUACCUUUUUAUUCAUGUUAAAUAUUUUUAAAGACCAAGGAUAAAAAUGAACAGAAAAUGUUUGCCGAGGCCACGUGUACAGAAAAGCAGAUGAUUGUGUGACAAGCCUCAAAAUGACCUAAAAUAAAUAAAUAAAUAAAUAAAAUUGAAUAUUAAAAAAAAAGAUCUGCAGUGCAAGAACAUCACAGCUUAUUUUGAGUGGCAAAAGCACUUAUUGGCCAUUUGAUAACAGGUAAACUCAAAUAAUGCUACUUUAUGAUCACAGAUUAUAAAGGAUGUUUCAGGGAUGUGUUCAUAGAAUAACUACACUGUGCACUUUCAUAACUGAGUUUGAUGUCAUGACUACGAUGUUCAGUAUAAUCAUGAAAACACACGGGGGAUUUAGUUCGCUUGUCAUUCGCUUUCCCACAUUCUCCUACCAUUAAAAUGAGUGUUAGGCUAAUCAUAACUUUCUUAAAUGCAUAUUUUUGUGAUAUGGAAAUCAUCAAGUGAUGCAUAAUUAGUGGACUUUCAUUGAGGGCUGCACACAUUAAUAAAAAAAUUAUAUAUAUAUAUAUAUAUAUAUAUAUAUAUAUAUAUACACAUAAUUAUGCCGUGUAUAUAUAGCUAUAUGCUGGACAUUGCGAUAGGGUGUUAUGUUCAGGCAUUUUAAGAUGAAUUAUCCAGAAGGAUAAAUAAAAAGGAGAACUUUCAAAUAAAUAAUAAAAUAUAAUGAUCAAAGUAAACAAACUAGAAGAGAUUAAAGAAGAAAAUGCAGUAUUCAGCUCUACAGAUGUUACCUUUUCAUGGCUUAUUUUUUCCUUUUUUUUUUUUUUUUAAAUGUUACUUGAAUUACUUGAUUGUCUUGUGCUUGUGUGCUUGAUUCGUUCUUAUAUCACAGCACUGGUGCAUACACUGAUGAUGGAUCAGAAAGUGUCGAUUAGUUUUCUAUAACAGCAACUCCGAUUGUUGUUGCAUUAUCGUUUCUAUAGUAACACAUUUAAAGCGAAUUGUAUGGCAGAUGCUGCAAAUAAACUGAGAAGGAAAAAAAAAUGGUCGUCGAAAUGGUGAGGUUUUCUGUGAGGAGAAAAUCUGGAAGGAGUCUCCAGUGUCAGUGCUUCGUAACGGGCAGAGCUAAACCUGUAACCGUAAGCUUUCCGACUUUCUGCGUUUCUUUCUCGUUAACGUCGAGACAGAGAGAAACGUAAGGGAGUGACUUUCAUAGCUGCUAUAAUUUAAGUGACAACAAGAACAAACCUGUCUCAUGGAUGUUCUACAGCAUUACUGUAAGUAUAUUUGGGUGACAUAAAAACUUUAAUAAAAAAAAUAAAAAAUUUAAAUCACUGACAAAUUUCUGUAUUAUAAGAGUAAAAAAACAACACAGCAGGACAUGCUGUAACAGCACAAUCCCUUUGCGUGUGUGAUGAAUCUUGUGGUUUAUUCGGCUGCAGUUAGGACAUUGGAUUAUACAUGGAUUAUAAUCCUGUACAAAGAUUCAGUUAGCCAUAGAAUAAUCAUCAUAACCCGCACUCGGUAAGUGCACAAAGAUCCUCUUUGCAUUAUUAUCAGGUUUAUCAUUGCUCAGCCCUCUGUGUGCUACCUCUUCAUGGCUCUUUGUUUUGCACUAAAGCAAAAGCACAUACGAUUAUAAUUUGCGACAGUUAUUUUUAAAUCAUAUCUUCUGCUUAAUUCUCAGAGAUGGUGAUUUAUUUGACAUCACAUUUACACUCCAUAUCCGGUUUACCAUUUUAGAACGAAACCGACCGUAUCCUGAUGUAUCCAUUCGUUUUAUAUACUGUUUAUGAGCUACGGUAUAAGGGUGAAGCUUAAGAAUAGAAGUGUUGUCUUUUUAUGUGGAAAUGAUUGUAAAGUGGAAUUGUCAAGUCACAUGCGGUUCUGCUAAGUACAUAAAUUGUGUGUAAUGUUACUAAUGGGGGGGGGGGAUGCAAAAGCAACAACAACAAAAAAAAAAUAAUAAAAUAAAAUAAAUAAAAAAACCCAAACAGGAGCCAAAUGUGGCAAUUUGAUAAGAAAAAAGAAAUGGUGUAUUUUUGUAUUCUGUAACGUGCAAAAUCUGUCCACCUGUUUAUAGUUGAGUGAGUACUUUUACAGUAAUUUUUGCAUUGUGUUUGUUUUUUUUUUGGUGAUACUUUUUGUGCCUCUUUUACAAUGUCGACGAUGUUCGGUAGUAGAUGUUUGUAAAGCUUGUAUUGUGGUCACAGCUGCUGGGUGUCUGUUUCUCAUUACUUAUUAUAUGCCAAGAUCCACAGGCCUACUAGGAUCACGAAGCACAAAAUACCUAACAGAAAAGGCAGAAAUGUUUUUGUUUUUCUGUUUGCUUGCGUUGUGGUCACAGCGUAUUCACUGUGAGAUCCAAAACACAUUAUAUGCAGUUAUAUGCAGGUUUGUGUGUGUGUGUGUAUGUGUGUGUGUGCAGUGUGAGUCAAAGAAUUCUUGUGGUCAAACUGUUUCAGUGUGUAAACGCAUUACUUAUGAGAAAAGAAAAUAAUCUUCCACAAUGAAUCCACAAAAUAUUUGAUUUGAAUAUUUUUCUAAAAGCAUUUUACCGUACAUUCAUUUUGUUGCUUCACUUUUAGACAUCACGUGUCCAGAAAUACCGAAGGAAAUUGUCCACUGAAAAGGAUUGUGACAAACAGGGAUGUAAGGAUUUAUUUCUUUACUGCACAACCAGAUCACAAGGAUAAAAUGAAUUCUGGGAAAGUAAUCAAUAAGUAUUGUUGUUAAAACAUUGCUUUAAUUUAGUUAUAUUUGUCUAUAAUGAAUUACUUUAAGCAAGGGGUUUAAAAAAAAAAGGUACACUGUGAAAACAUUUGUCAGAUAAAGCCUUUACAGAAAAAUCACUUUAAUUUCGUAUGUUUUUCACAUGUGACGAUAUGCGAACAACUGUGUAGGUACAUUCUAACCUGUUGUGAGCUCAAGGAUGUGUGACACGUAAAAAACAACACAUGGAAAUAAAUGAAUCAAAUACGUAUUUAAAAUAAAGACAUGCACUACAUGUAAACAAUACAUAUGCGUAUAAAAACAGUUUGUAUGGCUUUUCUGUAAAGGAGGAUCUUUGUUAUUGGGUUUGCAAUAAAACCAUAUGCACAGCACAGAAUUGAGAAAGUGGCAUCCCUGUGUCACUGUGUUUUAUUUUUGCCUCAACCUAGAAGCAGCCAUUUCCCUCAGUGCUCCUUUAUAUGUGCCAUUCACAUCAAACUUCAAUAAGUAAUCAUAAACUUUAUUUAAAGCACUGAGAAUCCAUGUUGGACCAAAUGAAAUCUGUUUUUCAAUUCUAGAUUAUUUUCUUGCAUUGACAUUUUACUUUUACGUUCGAAUGAUUUACAUUAAUUGUCUUUCAGUUCAUUGUCUACCUCAGCACCAAUUCUUUAUAAAACCCUAAAAGGUGCCCAAUUACAGCUGUUUAUUUUCUCAAUUGUGCAUAAUUUUUUUUUUUUAAUUAUUUUAUUUUAUUUUUAGGAUUUGGAGGUUAUUUCUAUUUUGGAUUGUUGUAUUUUUUUUUUCUCUGUAUUUUCAGCAUCAAGUUAAUACGCUGUCUUUUUGAACUGUGUGAUGGCAUUGAUGCGGAUUGAGGUGUUUUGUUUCUCUCCUCUCUGUGUGUGGGCUCAAACACAGCUCUGUGUUACUGUUAAUGUUGUCUGGGGUGUGGAAAAAUAAUAAAGAUAUAAAAGAGA